AUGUCGUAUCAUGGCUACCCAGGACAGCAGCCGCCCUACCCGGGGUACCCUCAACCAGGGCACCCGGCACCUCCGCCACCAGGCCAACAGCAGCAGCCCGGUUACCCUUACGGCGCGCCACCUCCGCCUCAGCAACACCCACACCAACCGCCAUACGGUGCACCUCCACCACCCCAGCAACAGCAGCAACCGCCUUACGGCUAUCCACAGCAGCAGCAACCACCGUACGGUGCACCACCCCCGCCGCAGCAACACCAGCCACCCUACGGUGCACCUCCUCCACCUCAGCAGCAGCAACCUUACGGCUAUCCGCAGCAACACCAGCAGCAGCCUGGGUACCCAGCGCCUCCACCUCCGCAGCAGCAGCAGCACCAGCAGCCUGCACCGUAUGGCCACGCGCCACCGCCACCGGCUCACUCUCAGCCGUACAGCCAAGCACCGCCGCCACAGCCUCACCAUGGCUACGCUCCGCCUCCGCCCCAGCCGCAGCACCAGCCACAGCAGCCAUACCCGCAGCAGCAGCAGCAGCAAUACCAGCAGCAGCCGCCACCACCGGGCCAGCCACAGUAUCAGCCACAGCACGUUGCGCCACCUCCACCUUCGCACACCGGGAGCGUGUACGGGGGCUCUGCGCCCAAGCCGCCUGGCCAAGCCCCUGCGCCACCAGCAUCAGCACAGGCGCCAGGGAGGCGUCAGUCAACGCUGUCGACAACCGAUGAUGAGGACGACUUGACGCUCUCCAUGUCCACCCUGGCCAUCGAGGAGCCGCAAACACACGGCACGUGUCGCCCUUCGUCUGCGUUUGAUCCGGAAGCGGAUUCCGCCGCCCUGCGCAAGGCCAUGAAAGGCCUCGGCUGCGACAAGGGCACCGUCAUUAAUGUGGUUGCGUACCGGAGCACGCGUCAGCGACAGGAAAUCAAGCUCAAGUUCAAGACCAUGUACGGCAAGGACCUGGAGAAGAUGCUGCACAGCGAGAUUGGCGGGGAUUUCCGGGAAGCGGUGAUGGCGCUGAUGCGUGACACGCCCGUUCGCGAUGCGCACUGGCUUAGGAAGGCCAUGCAAGGUGGUCUUGGAACGGAUGAGCGCUGCCUGAUUGAAAUUCUCGUCACGCGCGACCGUGACGACAUCAAGGAGAUUGUGUCCGCCUACCGCCAGGAGUACCAGCGCGAUCUCGAGAAGGACAUUAUUUCCGAAACGAGCGGACAUUUCAAACGCUUGCUUGUUGCUCUCCUGCAAGCAAACCGCCCACCAAACAGCACGCCUGUGGACGAAGCAAUGGCCCGCGAGGAUGCGAAGAAGCUCUACUCUGCUGGCGAGGCGCGGUGGGGAACCGAUGAAUCCACGUUCAACCACAUUCUGUGCGCACGCAGCUUUCCCCAGCUUCGCCUCACCUUCAAGGAGUACUCAAAGAUUUGCAAGUACGACAUUGUGAAAUCAAUCAAGCGCGAGAUGAGCGGCGAUCUUCGCAACGGAAUGGUCGCUAUCGCCAAGUGUGUGCUGAGCAAACCGGAGUACUUUGCCGAGCGCAUCUACCGCAGCAUGAAGGGCCUGGGUACGGACGAACGGACCCUCACGCGCUGUGUUGUUUCGCGCUGCGAGGUUGAUAUGGUUGAGAUCAAGCAGGCCUUCCAGCGCAAGUACGGCAAGACCAUGGAGUCGUGGAUCAAGUCUGACACGGGCGGCAACUAUCGCAAGAUCCUCCUUGCCCUCGUUGGCGACCAUUAG